AGAAGGGUAGUGCUGGCAUUUAGAUGAUGUUACCGCUGCAGUUUGACGAGCCACAGCUGAUUGAGGUAAUUUGCAACCUUCAACUGUCGGUGCUCGAGAGCCACUCCCAACGCUUGGUUCACAACCGCUAACGAUCGCAUGUCGGAUCUGUUUUCGUAGAUCCAUUGCACGACUUCCAGUUGACCAUGCUUGAUGGCCCCCUCCAAGAUCGAAUGCCGCCACCCUUCCACUUCGUGCGCGUGCAGGUACCUGAGUAUGUCGACGUGACCGUUUGCCGCAGCCACAAACCACGCUGCCGUGUCGCUCGGGCGCUUAUGGUUGUUGAUGUGAAGAAAUUCCAGCGACGACACAUGGCCAUGAUGUGCGGCCAACACAAACGAGUCUUUCCAUUUGUAUACUUGUGUCGGCUUGUCGUGCGGCGCGAGGGAAAUUGGGAAUUGAUGGUCCACGUGGACGAAGCGGUAUCGGUCAUUCAAGUGAUCGAGGACGUCCUGCCGUCCGUAUAUAAUUGCAUGUGCAAACACAACCAAUCGCAUCCGCUCCAUGCACGCGAGGAGCUGAUCUAAUCGACCGAUUCCGUGUUGCGCAUACCACCGUGAUACCACGGCGUCCACUUCUUCGAACUCUGUCGGGUAGAUCUUUCUGCUGUCCACGCGCGGUUUUAGUUGACAGAAAGGGAUCAUGUCUUGAUAGAUUCCCACUUGGUAGACGCAUAUGCACCGCAGAAGCUCGGGAGAAUGGAGUACCAUCGACGCCAUCGCCAUGUCCUUGUGCCCACUCCGCAAGAAGUUCUG